AUGGCCAGAUCAACAAACAGAAGCGUCAAGGAUGGAGAUUCAAGGGUGUCCGCUCCCACGGACCGGGCAGAGGCGCGGGACCUGAGCGAUCCCAGGGAACUGUCUCUUGAAGAAGUGUUGAAAUCCUACGAGCAGCCCAUCAACGAGGAGCAGGCUUGGGCUGUGUGUUAUCAAUGCUGCAGCGGGCUGAGGGUGCCGCGCCCGGCAACUGUGCCCGGUGGAGUUUCCCGGGUGAAGGACCCGUCCUCUAUACUCUUACUCAGGGAUGGGAUGGUUUCCCUACAGCAACAGCCCUGCAACAACCGUAAGAGAGCUCUGUUAGCUAAUAUUAUUUAUUGAUCUAACUUCCGGACUGCCCAAUGCUGUACCAAAAUGCCUUCAUUAACACCAUAGCCUAGGCAUACAAUAUAGCCUAAUUUAUUAUAGGCCUUUCAGUUAUUGCUCAAUGAAUUUGAUAUUGAUUCGCUAUUUGUAUGCUGUAAUUGCAACAUGGAAUAUUGUUUAUAAUGGGCAAUUCACGAUAACAGAAAUGGCUUGGAUUAUGCCGCUAGGCGAAAUGAUCAAUUAUUCAUACAGUGCAAUUCCCCCCUUGUAUCUGCUACAAAAGGUUUCGAGUUAGAGGUAUUGUGCAGCUUUGUGAUCUGCUUCCCAUUCACAAGGGAUUAGGUUAAAGGAUCUCUUGGAUGCCAAGAAAAUACCUGUCCUGCGUGCUCUGCGGGGCCGGGGCCCAAAGAAAAACUCGGUCAGAGUUGCUGACAUAGCCCAGUUCGUUAGGCUAUGACAUGAUAAGAUAAAGGAUACAACUGGGAGUGGAAAAAGAUAGUAGGUUAGUAGAUUACGAAAUGUUGCGACAUUAAGGGUGACUAUGAAAAUUACUUAAAACUGAGAGAAAAAUAUGAAAUCACCUUAUCACUCACUAUGCUGAUUUUCGGUUUCAUUUUAAAUAGGCUACUUUGUAGUGGUAAUAGAAUGUAGCCUAAACAAAACGCAGAAAUGAUGUCACAACACAUUGGACAAAAGCUAAUCCAAUAGUUUAGGCUAUAGAUCAGUUGCUGAGAUAGAAUUGUAUAGGCCAAAUUUUUGUCCCAAAUAUAUAAAUACUUUUGGGUUUUUAUUACUAUUGAGAAAUGACAAAAUUCUAUAAUGAACAAUGUAAAUCAUAAUUAAUAGCACAGACAGUGAUUGAUAGCCCACUACAGGGUCACUGUGGUCAUCUUGUCUUGGGAGCUGUUUACUUAGGAGGGGUGUUUCUAUGUUCUUCUAUGUUUUCGUCACUUAUGGAGCCAUUUACAGAAGAGAGUCCGUCAAUUUAAUGAGGGCAACAUUUGUGUCCUUGCUGAUGAGCCAAUUAUAUUGCAUUGUUGAUGCAGUUGGUCAGUAUGGGUACAGUUAACAAGUGUUGGGGAAGCUACUCUGAAAAUAUAGUUUACCAAGCUACCAAUUACUUCACACUGGAAGAAGUUAAGCUACACUAAAGCUACCCUUAGGAAAAAUAUUGUUUACUUAACUAAAGUUACUUUAAAAAGUACUUCACUACAUCCAAACUACUUUGUGAAAAAUUAUCAUAUGUAAAUCUGAAAUGUCAUAGACUACAAAUUGCAAGAACAGUCACUUUGGGGUCAUACAGUACUGCAUGUUAACAGAAUGUGCAAUUUAGCCUAUUAAACACAAAAACAAUGUUUCAAGUGAAAAUUAGGCUGGUCUGAUGCCAAAAAAUAAAGGAAAUGAUUGCCUACUUCACCCAUAUUUUAUUUUUGCAAAAAAAAGUCGUGUUUAGUUCCAGUAUUUAGCUACACCACUGCAUGGCAAAAAAAGUAAUGAACUACUGAAAACACUACCUAGAUUUGAAUUAUUUCAACUACCAACAAGCUACUGCAAAAUGCAGUUAAAUUACUAGUUGAACUACAUAGUUCACUACUCCCCAACACUGCAGUUUAUUUAUGUACAGUUUACUUUCAUCACAGAUCACAACCUGUCUGGUCAUCACAAUUAGGCUACUUAACCUCUGCAAAUGAGGGAGUAAUGAAGGUAAUGAAGUAGGUUACAGAGAUUGUUCGUUAAGGGUCAAGGUUACUAAGGGUGUGUUUUAUAUUAUACAACGGGUGGGUCUAAUCCUGGAUGUUGAUUGGUGAAAACCGCAUUUAAGACGGUGUCUAUUCCACAAAUGACUACCGGCUAAAGCUAUAAAGUUGAAAUGCCUAUUUACUCUGUUCAAUCUCACUGGGCAAUCGACUGGCUCAUCAGCACAGCCAGGCAAUUUAUAAACUUGAUCUCCACUGUAAAAAGCAUCUAGACAUUAUCUCCAAUUUCUUUUAGACUCGCAUUUGAUUUUCAACAACCAAGAUUUGUAUAAACCUUUCUGUCUCCAGCUGUCCCAUAGUAACGAACGUGUAGGGAGUCGGGACGAGACAGACAAGCUGGCAACUUUUCUCAGCCAGUCGAAAUCAUGAAUCAGCUGGCAUAAUUUUUAUGGAGAUAUACAAAGAAAUGUCAAUAGAAAACAGGUCAAACGAAACGAAAUGCAGAUAGUUUGCUGUCUUUCCAGCUUCAGUUUGAAGUAAUUGUGUUAGCUGUGUUGUUGGCUAACUCCUCUGAACAACGGUGUCCUGACGAGCUAGCACAUCUUCUAUGCCAGGCGAAAUCGCGUAUCAUUAGCUCAUUGUUAUGGAUGUAUCCAAAUAAAUGUCACUAGAAAACAGCUUAAACAAAUGCAAAUGCAGCUACUUUGCUGAUAUUCUGGCUGCACUGUUUGACGUGACUGUAAUAGUUCUCUCUGAUGCACUUUUACAAAUGUUUACCUCCCUGUGUUUUUUUAAAUGUUUGUCUUGUCCCCGAUAUUUCCAUGUCAACAGAUUCCAGGUCCAUAUUUUGAGUGUGGGGUAAAUCACAGGGGCAGUAAACAUAAAACAGCUCCAAACGGGGGGCCAGUGUGAAAAAUGUAUGCACUCACUAACUGUAAGUCGCUCUGGAUAAGAGCGUCUGCUAAAUUACUAAAAUCUAAAAUGUAAAUGUAAAGAGAUGGAAUCUUGAAAACGUUGCCUGAAAGCGAAAUAAUUAUCAUCACCUGACAGACACAAGAUGAAAGACUGCAUGUUCUCUCCGAGACACUGGCCGUGUCCGAAUACCCAUACCAGCAUACUAAAUAGUAUGCAAACAUUUUUUUAUAGUAUGUGAAAUUUAGAAAAUAGUACUCCGAAUGCGUCAUCUGUGCGCGACUGCGUUGAUUCCCGCCAUUCGUUCAUUUUGGUAUAGCGCGUCAAUUUAUCUGAUUAUCAGCUGUUGUCAAACACAUGAGUCAGAAAAAAGACGAGUGAAUUCCACCAAAGAUUAUGGAUAUACUGACAAGAUACAUGUCUCUCCGCCCUAACAAUAGGAGUCGUUGUCCACAAAGCGGCCGGCGGUCUGUCUAGCUCCUUUCUUUGGAUUGGUGGAUACAUCUCGUUCUUGUAAUCCUUUUUUGAAUAUUCGAUGAGGAUUGCUGACGUCAACCGCCUGUAUUCAAUGGAGAGAUAUGCUAUGCUACUAGCCCCAUUUCAUGAAUAUGCAUAGUCAUCUUGAGACAACUCCGAUAUAAAGUGUUUUUUCUCAAAGUUGCCAGGAUGUCACGUGUCCUACUUAUAUCAGUACACUCCUAACAACUUAAGAAUUACGAAACUUCUAUUCGAUCAAAUAAACCUCACCUAGCAAAAAAAACAUUCAUUUUUGUUGUUGACCAAAUUCGACACUCUCAUUGACCUCCAUACAAAAACUCAUUGCUUGCUGGGCGAAAAAACGCCACAUGCUGAAGGGAGACAGAUAUUCCACGGAGUUGGGCCUCUCUCUUCUUGACUCUCUGAUUCUACUUGAUCAAAUGCCGAAAUCACUAUGCCAUUUAAGUAUGUAGUAUGGGCCCCGUGUAGCUCAGUUGGUAGAGCAUGGCACUUGCAACGCCAGGUUUGUGGGUUCGUUUCCCACGGGGGGCCAGUAUGAAGAAGAAAAAAAAAAUUAUGCACUAACUGUAAGUUGCUCUGGAUAAAUGACUAAAAUGUAAAAUGUAGUAUGCUAGUAUGGGUAUUCGGGACAUGGCCACUGUCUGUGUCAUUGGUUACGUGACCCUAACCGGCCAUAAUGAAACCUGUCUAACUGCUUCAGAAAGGAUCUAUUACUCAGCUUCUGAGGGACUUGAAUAGAAAUGACUUCACGCUCCUGAGAGAGAACAGUACUAUGACUCUGUGUCAGGCUGACUCUUUGUUCAUGGCGCAGAUCUAUUCAGACAGGCUCUGUUAAUCUGGGCCUAGUCCUGCUUUCAUCGCUUUGUUCUGGACAGAAGGAGCAGCACUGACCCCUCACCCAGGCCUCUCCACUAGUCUUGGGUUCUGCAGCGCUAAUGUGCUGAAUGUGUGGUGUCAGGCCUCCCGGGUGUCAUUACUGACAUCUGAGCCCUGCACUUCUCUGUACACACAGAAAACUGAGCCAUUACUGGCUAGCUGAGUUGUGACUGCAGCACAUGAGAUAUAUAGAAUUUGACGACAAUAAAAUGAAAAAUGCGCAUUCUAGUCAUACGGGAUCUGUAAUUAGCCCACCCAACUACCUCAUCCCCAUAUUGUUAUUUACAUUGUUAUUUAUUUUGCUCAUUUGCACCCCAGUAUCUCUAUUUGCACAUCAUCUUCUGCACAUCUAUCACUCCAGUGUUAAUACUAAAUUGUAAUGAUUUUGCACUAUGGCCUAUUUAUUGCCUUACCGCCAUAACUUACUACAUUUGCACACACUGUAUAUAGAUUUUCUAUUGUGUUAUUGACUGUACGUUUUUGUUUAUUCCAUAUGUAACUCUGUGUUGUUGUUGUUUUUAUCGCACUGCUUUGCUUUAUCUUGGCCAGGUCGCAGUUGUAAAUGAGAACUUGUUCUCAACUGACUUACCUGGUUAAAUAAAGGUUAAAUAAAACCAUUUUUUAAAUGGUGGGAAAAUGAUGCAUUUUGUCAGCAUUUUCUACUAUAUAUUGUCUCUAAUCAUAUUCAUAAACCGAGUGGUUCCAGCCCUGAAUGCUAAUUGGCUGAAAGCCGUGGUAUACCAGACCGUAUCCUAUGGGUAUGACAAAACAUGACUAUUUACUGGUCUAAUUAAGUUGGUAACCACUUUAUAAUAGCAAUAAGGCACCUCAGGGGUUUGUGGUAUAUGGCUAAUAUACCACGGCUAAGAGCUGUAUCCGUCCAUAAGAACAGCCCUUAGCCGUGAUAUAUUGGCCAUAUACCACACCUCCUCGGGCCUUAUUGCUUAAUUAUACCCAUAAAAUGCAAAGUCAAAGGGGCAAUCUGGGAUUCAAACAACAACAAAGCGCCACCCUGCCAAUUUUUUGGUAAACAGCUGAGGGGUGGGGCUGGAGAAAUGUAACUGCUCUGAAAUUCAUAGAUCGAAAUGAUAAUUUGAACCAUGUAUUGUAACAAAAAUGUGUGAGAUGGAUGGAAAACUGUAGACCAUAUCAGGGAGGUGAGCAAGUAUAAAACAGUGUUUGCUAGUUAUGCGGCUGCAUGCCUACUUUUUUGUCUUCAUAGAUGACACAGACGGACCUCCCCUCCCACCUAUUGCAGAGCGCCAGGUGAGUUUCUGAACCCCUCAUCACCACCUUGUAACAUACAACACACUGUCAUGAUAGGUGAAUGCCAGCUAUGAUGCCACCCUGCUUUGCCAGUCUCCAUAUUUGGAGCAGUCCAUCUUCCAAGCAGCCCUCCAGUCCUCUCUAUCUUCACAGCUUGUUGUCCACUCCUAUUUAUUUCCUCUAUCACUUGAAUCUGUCUCCUCAGCUGGUCCAGUCUCUGGGCGUGGCCAUCUACCAGGCCCUGGACUGGGGACUGGAUGACACUGAGGAGCGGGAGCUGAGUCCUCAGCUGGAGCGGCUCAUUGAGCGCAUGGCAGGGGGAGAUCACAGCCUGGGGGCUGACUGUGGUGGUGGCAACGCAACUACAGAUGAGGGCUACAGUGGUCAGGAGGAGGAGGAAGAGGAGGGAGAAGAGGGGGCUAUGAGGCCAGUGGGUACAUUACGUCAGGUGAUGACACUUUGCGCUUCCAGACUGGCCAACCCUGCCCUUGCCCCUGAGCACUACCAGGCUGUGUGCCGAGCCUUGUUUGUUGAGACUCUGGAGCUACAAACCUUCCUGACCAAAAUCCGAGAUGCCAAGAAGGUAUGUUCCUGAUUUGUUUAUACCAGAGAUUACAGAUCACUCACAUGUAAAGCACUGAAAUCAUUGUUAACUGAAUAGUGGUGGUAUUAUCAGUGUAUUAUCAUUUCUCUGUAGAUGCUGAAGAAGAUCAAAACAGAGGAUCCUCAGGAAGAUAGAGCUGAGAUCGAUGCACUUAAACAAACAGACUGGGUGAGAAGCGGGGAUUGUGUAUGUUUAUCUGUGUCACUGUGUGUGUAGAUGAGGAUAUGUGGUAUGUACUGUAUGUUCCUUCAUUGGGUUGAUGGGGUGUGUGUGUGAGGUACAUGAGUGUAUGUGUGUGUUUCAGACUCGUCUCUGGGUCCAGUUGAUGAAGGAGCUGAGACAGGGGGUGAAGCUGAAGAAGGUACAGGACCAGGAGUUUGACCCACUGCCCACUGAGUUCAGCCUCACACCUUUUGAGAUGCUCAUGCAGGACAUCCGCACCCGCAAGUUCCAGCUGCGGAAAGUCAUGGUGAGCUGGGUAUUGAUACUGAUAAGAGGACUCUUGAUCAAUGGAUCAAGUAGUUAUUUCUCCUGUAUUUAUCUCCCAGCCCUCGCUCAUUUUGUCUCCAUAGGUGGAUGGUGACAUCCCUACGCGGGUGAAGAGAAAUGCCCAUGAGCUUAUUUUGGACUUCAUCAGGUCUCGCCCUCCACUCAAACCAGUGAGCGUCCCUUUCACUACAAUUUGUUUUGUUGACAUGACUGCAGUGUGGCUGUGCCAGUACCUUGGAUGUCACAAGGUGUCACAGUCUGAGACUGGGUAAUAUGUGUCUGUGUCUGUUUCUCCUGUGUUCUCAGUCUGUAUGUUGUGAUGUGUUACAUGCUAGGCGUCAGAGCGAAACCUGCCCCCUCCUCCUCAGGAGAAGCAGUCCCUCCAUGAACGUGUCCUGGCUGAAAUCAAACAAGAGCGCAAACUGAAACCUGUGGACCCACCCAGCUCCAAAAGAUGUAUGGACAUCACUGUCACUACAUUAAUACUUAGAGUUAUACAUGUAGUAUGUUCAUAUUGUGGAAUGUAUUCUAAGUAAAAUGUGUUUGAGAGUUCAGUGUUUGUGUGUUGUGUUUCAUUCGCCAGCAUUUGGCUCCCUGCCCUGUCUGGCACACACUUGCCCGUGUGAUUUCAAAUCUACUUCCUGCAUUGACCUGUCAGUCUCAGAGCUAGGGUCCCGUCCCCCUUCUCGUCUCCGUGUUCUGCUCAAAGCCCCUACUCUUCAAGAGAUGGAGGAAAUGAACAUUUUGGAGGUUAGAGGGAAAAGAGAAGAGAAACUAUAUUGUUUUCUCAUUUAAAUGUACUACCUCUUACAUUUAGAAUACUGAGAAAUAACAACUACAACAUCCACCAACACAGCGUCUCACACAAGCACUCAUGUUUUCCUUCUUCUUCUUCUUCUUCUUCUUCUUCUUCUUCUUCUUCUUCUUCUUCUUCUUCUUCUUCUUCUUCUUCUUCUUCUUCUUCUUCUUCUUCUUCUUCUUCUUCUUCUUCUUCUUCUUCUUCUUCUUCUUCCUCCAUCACCUCCUCCUCCUCCUCCACUUCCAUCACCACCUCCAUCACCUCCUCUUCCUCCUCCAUCACUUCCUUCUCCUCCACCUCCAUCACCACCUCCUCCUUCUCCUCCUCCCCCCUCCUUGUCCUCCUCUAUCUCAUCCUCCUCACUGUUGUCCUCCUGUCUUGUUGCUGUUGCAGGAUGAGGAGUCUCCAGACAGUGGGGAGCGCUGCCGUGCUGAGAGUUUUCCCACAUCUAUGAAACGGGACCGCUCCUUCUCAGAACACGACCUGGCUGAGCUCAGGGGGGAGAUACUCCCCUCGCUGUCCGACUGCACCCAUCUGGAAGGGGCCGUGAUGCGAAGGGGGGAGAGACCAUGGUUACACAUGCUCUCAGGGGCUGGGCCACCCUCCACGCACAGAGGUCAGUAGGCUCACUGAGACUCCUUUCACUGCAGACAGUUUCAGGUCUUGGUAAGCAGAGGGAGACAUUUACUGUAAUAUGUAUUAAUGUGCUACUGCAGCUCCACUCAUUAGGCUACUUACUGUAAUAUGGUUUAUGAAACAGAUAUAGUGGUAUUUUCGUCAUGUCAAAUGUUUAUUUGUGUUGUAAAGCAAGCCUGACAAAAAAAUAAUAUAAUUGCAAUGGAAAAAACAUUAGUCUAAACCGUUAAAAAACGUUUUAAAAAACAACCAAUGCUAUAGAGGACUUUGUAAACAAUUCUGAACAAGGUUUGUUAUAGUGUUUAUAUCUUAUUCAAUGUCGGGAGGCAAUCACAUAUAGGCCUAAUGUGUGUCAAUCCAUUCUGUAAAUUGCUUACAAUGAUUUCUUGCUCAAAGGGUUUUGUGAUGGAUACUAAUCAACGUAUAAAGACGUACAGAUAGGAACUAGCUCAGUAAAAUACUAGAAGGACAACAGUUAAUGGGUUUGAUACAUGUUUUUCUUUCAUAUCAUACCCACCUUCUACGCCCCUUAAUUUGUGAGAUGUGUUGACCAUAGCUAGGAGAGAACAAAAACAAAGGUGGUUCAGUGACGUCUCCUGUUCUACCACUAGGGGGAUGUCAACCCUUUCUCAUCACACGCAUGCCAGAAAUGUCAACAAUGUCAUCAUAAGCAGCUGAUUUAUGUUAGCCUACAUGUAGCCUGCUAUUGUUUUCUAGUUUUCUGGUCCUCACUCUAACCCGGCUCUAACCCUGCUCUAAUCCUAGCUCUAACAUGGCUGUAGACUCCCAUGGUGUGGUUAGACUCCAUAGGAGUCCACGCAGUUAUGUCUCAGGGUUACUUAGUUUUUUUAUAUAUUUUUUUAUUUUACCUUUAUUUAACCAGGUAAACCAGUUGAGAACAAGUUCUCAUUUACAACUGCGACCUGGCCAAGAUAAAGCAAAGCAGUGCGAUAAAAAACAACAACACAGAGUUACAUAUGGGGUAAAACAAAACAAAGUCAAAAAUACAACAGAAAUACAUAUAUAUACAGUGUGUGCAAAUUUAGCAAGUUAUGGAGGUAAGGCAAUAAAAUAGGCUAUAGUGCAAAAUAAUUACAAUUUAGUAUUAACACUGGAAUGAUGUGCAAGAGAUGAUGUGCAAAUAGAGAUACUGGGGUACAAAUGAGCAAAAUAAAUAACAAUAUAGGGAUGAGGUAGUUGGGCGGGCUAAUUUCAGAUGGGCUGUGUACAGGUGCAGUGAUCGGUAAGGUGCUCUGACAACUGAUGCUUAAAGUUAGUGAGGGAGAUAAGUGUCUCCAGCUUCAGAGAUUUUUGCAAUUUGUUCCAGUCAUUGGCAGCAGAGAACUGGAAGGAAUUGCGGCCAAAGGAGGUGUUGGCUUUGGGGAUGACCAGUGAGAUAUACCCGCUGGAGCGCAGACUACGGGUGGGUGUUGCUAUGGUGACCAAUGAGCUAAGAUAAGGCGGGGAUUUGCCUAGCAGUGAUUUAUAGAUGGCCUGGAGCCAGUGGGUUUGGCGACGAAUAUGUAGUGAGGACCAGCCAACAAGAGCGUACAGGUCACAGUGGUGGGUAUUAUAUGGGGCUUUGGAGACAAAACGGAUGGCACUGUGAUAGACAACAUCCAAUUUGCUGAGUAGAGUGUUGGAGGCUAUUUUGUAAAUGACAUCGCCGAAGUCAAGGAUCGGUAGGAUAGUCAGUUUUACGAGGGCAUGUUUGGCAGCAUGAGUGAAGGAGGCUUUGUUGCGAAAUAGGAAACCGAUUCUAGAUUUAACUUUGGAUUGGAGAUUCUUAAUGUGAGUCUGGAAGUUGAGUUUACAGUCUAACCAGACACCUAGAUAUUUGUAGUUGUCCACAUACUCUAGGUCAGACCUGUCUAGAGUAGUGAUUCUAGUCGGGUGGGCGGGUGCAAGCAGCGUUCGGUUGAAGAGCAUGCAUUUAGUUUUACUAGUGUUUAAGAGCAGUUGGAGGCUACUGAAGGAGUGUUGUAUGGAAUUGAAGCUCGUUUGGAGGUUUGUUAACACACUGUCCAAUUAGUGCCUUCUUCCUUUCCAUUUCGCAUAAAGAAAGUUGAGUCUUUUAAGUACCAAUACCUAGAGUUGAAGUCAGAAGUUUACAUACACCUUAGCCAAAUACAUUUAAACUCAGUUUUUCACAAUUCCUGACAGUUAAUCCUAGUAAAUAUUCCCUGUCUUAGGUCAGUUAGGAUCACCACUUUAUUUUAAGAAUGUGAAAUGUCCGAAUAAUAGUAGAGAGAAUGAUUUAUUUCAGGUUUUAUUUCUUUCAUCACAUUCCCAGUUUACAUACACUCAAUUAGUAUUUGGUAGCAUUGCCUUUAAAUUGUUUAACUUGGGUCAAACGUUUCGGGUAGCCUUCCACAAGCUUCCCACAAUAAGUUGGGUGAAUUUUGGCCCAUUCCUCCUGACAGAGCUGGUGUAACUGAGUCAGGUUUGUAGGCCUCCUUGCUCGCACACGCUUUUUCAGUUCUGCCCACACAUUUUCUAUAGGAUUGAGGUCAGGGCUUUGUGAUGGCCACUCCAUUACCUUGACUUUGUUGUCCUUAAGCCAUUUUGCCACAACUUUGGAAGUAUGCUUGGGGUCAUUGUCCAUUUGGAAGACCCAUUUGCGACCAAGCUUUAACUUCCUGACUGAUGUCUUGAGAUGUUGCUUCAAUAUAUCCACAUAAUUUUCCUUCCUCAUGAUGCCAUCUAUUUUGUGAAGUGCACCAGUCCCUCCUGCAGCAAAGCACCCCCACAGCAUGAUGCUGCCACCCCCGUGCUUCACAGUUGGGAUUGUGUUCUUCGGCUUGCAAGCUACACCCUUUUUCCUCCAAACAUAACAAUGGUCAUUAUGGCCAAACAGUUCUAUUUUUGUUUCAUCAGACCAGAGGACAUUUCUCCAAAAAGUACGAUCUUUGUCCCCAUGUGCAGUUGCAAACCGCAGUCUGGCUUUUUUUAUGGCGGUUUUGGAGCAGUGGCUUCUUCCUUGCUGAGCGACCUUUCAGGUUAUGUCGAUAUAGGUCUCGUUUUACUGUGGAUAUAGAUACUUUUGUACCUGUUUCUUCCAGCAUCUUCACAAGGUUCUUUCCUGUUGUUCUGGGAUUUAUUUGCACCUUUCGCACCAAAGUACGUUCAUCUCUAGGAGACAGAACGCGUCUCCUUCCGGAGCGGUAUGACGCCUGCGUGGUCCCAUGGUGUUUAUACUUGCGUACUAUUGUUUGUACAGAUGAACGUGGUACCUUCAGGCGUUUGGAAAUUGCUCCCAAGGAUGACCCACACUUGUGGAGGUCUACAAUAUUUUUUCUGAGGUCUUGGCUGAUUUUCUUUUGAUUUUCCCAUGAUGUCAAGCAAAGAGGCACUGAGUUUGAAGGUAGGCCUUGAAAUACAUCCACAGGUACACCUCCAAUUGACUCAAUGAUGUCAAUUAGCCAAUCAGAAGCUUCUAAAGCCAUAACAUCAUUUUCUGGAAUUUUCCAAGCUGUUUAAAGGCACAGUCAACUUAGUGUAUGUAAACUUCUGACCCACUGGAAUUGUGAUACAGUGAAUUAUAAGUGAAAUAAUCUGUCUGUAAGCAAUUGUUGGAAAAAUUACUUGUGUCAUGCACAAAGUAGAUGUCCUAACCGACUUGCCAAAACAAUAGUUUGUUAACAAGAAAUUUGUGGAGUGGUUGAAAAACGAGUUUUAAUGACUCCAACCUAAGUGUAUGUAAACUUCCGACUUCAACUGUAGGUUGGUACUUAGUCUUAGAGGUUAUGUCCUGUAGAAAGUAUUUCUACUAAUACCUAGCCUACUUUUUAUUUCCUCUGACCCCAAUUGAGUUACUCUCUUGAAUGUUAGAAAAAUGGACCUCAUAUCAUACUCAUCAAAGAUCCACUGUGAUCUGAUUUGCAAAUGUUUCUGGCAGCUUGUGUUAUACCCCACUAAAAACAAAUAGAUAAAACAUGUCACCACUCAUUUAUCUAAUUGCCACCUAAUUUAUGUAGCCUACACUUUUGGAUGAUCAGAGCUCUGACUCAAUAGAAGAACAUGGACUGUGAUUCAAAGCUUCUCUCUCUCUCUCUCUUGCUCUCUCCUCUGUGUCUCCAUCUCCUUGUUCCCAGCCUCUCUUCCUGUGCCAGGCUGGGUGCCGCCCUCCCCUGCCCGUCUCUCUCUCAGCUCAGUGGAUGAGACCACAGAGAGAGCUGAGACCGGCUCCAGUUCUCGGAAUGGCAAUAAACACCAGUGGAUGGUGAGUGGCCCAUUAUCUUUGAUAACCUCUCCACACUGUUUACCCUGGGUGUUCUCUGCUCCACUUCAACCUGACCUGACCAUUAUAUUAUACUAGCUAACUCCCUCUACCUACUUCCCCCCCCCCCCCCCCCCCCCCCCUGUAAGGAGGAAUUCAGUCACCCAGUGGAGAGUCUUGCCUUAACAGUGGAUGAGGUCAUCAAUGUGCGUCGUGUGCUCGUGAAAGCAGAGAUGGAGAAGUACCUGCAGAACAAGGAACUGUAUUACAAUCUGAGGAGAGGCAAGGUACAGGCAGUGACGUCACAUCCUUUGGUAGCGUUCUCUCAAAACCUUAUGAGCGAGGUUCUAUUUACAGUAUGAUAACAUUCUCUCAAUGCCUUAUGAGUGAGGUUAUAUCUACAGUAUGAUAAUGUUCUCUCAAAGCGUUAUGAGCGAUGUUCUAUCUACAGUAUGAUAACGUUCUCUCAAAGCCUUAUGAGUGAGGUUCUAUCGACAGUAUAUGUAUGUGUCUCGCAGGUGUGCUGUUGCUGCAGAAUUAAGUUCCCCCUCUUUUCCUGGCCAUCCAGCUGCCUGCUCUGUAAAAGGUGAGUACACACUACACAGUAUGUAUUAUUACAUUAGUACAUGCUCCUUUUGUAAUAACACCAUAUUCAAUUAAUUUAAACUUGGUCCCUCUCUGCUCAAGAAGCACAAGAAUAAUGUUGUUUUUGACAUACCAUUGUGGGUUUGAUUGAAUAGUGUUCUACGUGUUUUUGGCAGUGUAAUUCAGGGGAUUCUUAACUCUGUCCCUGUGGUUCUCUCCCCUUCAGGUCUGUCUGUGGAUUCUGCAGUGCAAAGGUAUCCUACAGUCCCUUUGUCUUUGUCUGUGUAAAUGCAAAUUAAUGUUCUUUGAAUGUGUAAUGUUUUCUACAGUGCUUUUUGCUAAUGUUGUUUGUAUUGAAAAUAUCUAUUUUACGAGCAAAAGGUAUCUAAGAUAUUCUGUGUUGGCUCAUAGUAUUAUUAUGUGCUUUUAAUUAUGUCAAUUAUUUUCAACUGUGCCUCAGUCACCCACCAGACCAUUUGGAUGUGUGGUUCUGUGCUAUGUAGGUUUGAGGUCUGGGCUGUUGAGUUUGUUGUGUGAGAUUGCAGUUUGUCUGUGCUGUGUAGUUCUGUGUUUUUUAAGUUCAUGGUUCUGAAUACAGUUUGUGAUUGUGCCUUGAGGUUCUGUUGUGUGUUCUGUUGUAUGUGAUGCUAUAUGAGUGUAUGGUUAUGUUUGGUGAUUCCUUGCUUGUGUUUGUGUACAGUGAGGUUCUGAGUUGUGUGAGUUUAUAGUUUAGAUAUGUGGUUCUGUGUGGAUUUGGGUGCCUGUGGUAUGUGGUUGAUGUUUUGUGACGUUGUUUCUCCCUCAUACACACAGCUCUGUCUUUUCUCAUAUUUCCUAAUCAUAUCAAGUCUGCCAUUUCCUCUUCACUUUCUCCUGCCGAUAUGAUCUCACUCAGUUCUUUAAACGUCCUACUCCACCUUCUCUUCCUCCUCCUCCUCCUCCUCACCCAUGCCUAUUUUAACUCUCUGCUUUCCCUCGCCCUCUGCCACAGAUGAAGAUUCCUUCCAAGAAGAUGGCCCACAUCCCAGUCUACACUGUGGGCUUUCACAGCAGCCCAAAGAGCCAUGGUCGCAAGAGUGAGGUCUACAAGUGAGUCUUAUCUGUCUGUCUGUCUUCAUGGCCACUGAACUGGAUCUGUCUUUACCUCAACAGAAGAAGUCUUUGCUCACCCCAGCCAAUAGUAACUUACAUGCUCAAUCCAAUCACUGUCCUUCCUCUAGAUCUCUCAGCAUCUGUUGUAUAAUGCCUCUGGUUCAUCCAGAUCUCUAAGCAGCCUUUUUGUAGUAAUUACCCAUCCGAUUGCGCCGCAGUCCGUCUUUAAUAUCCCCCUGCAAGCUCCUACAGAUGGGAAGGGCCUAGAGUUGUUCCAAACCAUGUGACCUGAUCAGGAAAAACUCCAGGCCCAGAAUGUUCCUGGUCAUAUUAUAUACUGAGCGCUCCACUGAUGGAUUAUAACACCUCGCUCCCUCUCCACAGAUCUCUGUGUAUUCUCUCCCGCCGGUCUGUGGAGGAGGAGUUCCCCCACCUGUACACCCAUGGCUGCAGCCUUCGGGAUGUUUGUGCAGACUGCACCAAGUUUGUGGCUGAUGUCAUCUCGUCCAGCCGCCGGAGCCUGGACAUCCUCAACAACACUCCCAAGAGGGAGAGAGCUACGCCCAAGCCACACCCCCAGCCUCACGCAUCACCACAGCCACCCACCUUGAAGAGAAAGGACAAGUGA